AGUUGUGGCUUGUUUCUGCCAGUCGUGCUUUCUUUAGGUUCAAGAUCGAGGGUGGCCGUUAAAGCGGCACCCGACUGCGCCCGGGGACCCGACUCUUCCCGCGCCCGCUCCAGCGCUGGGCAAUGCAGCGUCCGUGCUGGGCACGGCGCCAUCUCGGUCCUCCGGCCGCGAGAGGCGCAGCGAGCCAGGCUGGGGGAAGCGGGAGGAGGAGGAGGCGGAGGAGGCGGAGAUGGGUGAUGAAGAGGGCUGGAGAAGAGCCGUGAAAGCAGCCAAGGCUGGAUCCGCGCUGAACUGUUCAGGCAGCUGCUCCUCCUCGCUGGCCAUGGCUGUGAAAGACCCCCUGGCAAUUGAAAGAGCAAAUCUAUUGAACAUGGCUAAACUGAGUAUAAAGGGACUCAUUGAAUCUGCUCUAAGCUUUGGGCGAACUCUUGAUUCUGAUUAUCCACCUCUCCAGCAGUUUUUUGUUGUCAUGGAACACUGCCUCAAACACGGCCUGAAAGUAAAAAAAUCUUUUCUAAGUUAUAAUAAAACCAUAUGGGGCCCUCUGGAACUUGUAGAGAAAUUGUAUCCAGAAGCUGAGGAGAUUGCUGCUAGCGUUAGAGAUUUACCUGGUCUCAAAACUUCCUUAGGACGUGCUCGGGCUUGGUUACGUCUGGCACUUAUGCAAAAAAAGAUGGCUGACUAUCUACGUUGUCUCAUCCUUCGGAAAGAUCUCCUCGGUGAAUUUUAUGAACACCAUGCAGUGAUGAUGGAAGAAGAAGGAGCUGUCAUUGUUGGAUUGCUUGUUGGGUUAAAUGUCAUUGAUGCAAACUUGUGUAUUAAAGGAGAAGAUUUGGAUUCACAAGUUGGUGUAAUUGAUUUCUCCAUGUAUCUAAAGAGUGAAGAUGACACUGAAGAUAAAGAAAGAAAUGACCAUAUCGCUGCAAUAUUGGAUCAGAAGAAUUACGUUGAAGAAUUAAACCGGCAAUUGAAUACAGUCAGCAGCCUCCAUACACGCGUCGAUUCACUAGAGAAGUCAAACACUAAAUUAAUCGAAGAGUUGGCGAUAGCUAAAAACAACAUAAUAAAACUACAAGAAGAAAACCAUCAUUUAAGAAGUGAAAACACACUCAUUUUAAUGAAAACACAGCAUCAUCUGGAGAUGAAUAAAGUAGAUGCCGAAGCAGAACUUCAGACAUAUAAACAUUCCCGACAAAGCCUGGAUGAAAUGUAUAAUGAAGCACACAGACAGCUUCGAGAAGAAUCACAGUUAAGACAAGAUAUAGAGAAUGAAUUGAUGGUCCAGGUUGGUAUGAAGCAUGAGAUAGAACUUGCCAUGAAGUUAUUGGAGAAAGAUAUACAUGAAAAGCAAGAUACUCUUAUAAAUCUGCGGCUACAGCUGGAGGAAGUCAAAGUGAUCAAUACAGAAAUGUAUCAAAAACUGCAGUUUUCAGAGGAAGCCAUGAAAGAAAAGAAUGAAAUAAUUGGUCGCCUGGAGGAUAAAACUAGUGAAAUUACUGCAACUAUGAAGCAUCUGGAACAAAGAUUGCAGCAAGCAGAGAAGGCUCACAUGGAAGCAGACAGUGAGGACAAGAAAGUUAAACAAGAUUAUAUGAAUAAAUCUGAAACUCUUCAGAAAGAAAUUGCCCAAAAGGAAAACCAAGUGUGUCAGCUGGAGACAGAUUUGAAAAUAGAAAGAGAAUGGAGACAAACCAUGGAGGAGGACCUUAAAAAGGAAAAAGAGACUACAUGCUUUCUCCAAACAGAGACGCAGCAAAUCAUUACACUUAAAAAAGAAUUCCUAAAGUUGCAGGGAAAAAACAAGCAAUUGAGAAAUCUUUGUCAUGAUCAAGAAGAAGCUCUCCAAGAGCUAGCCGGCAAACUUAGCGAAUCAAAGCUUAAAAUAGAAGACAUAAAAGAAGCAAACAAAACACUUCAGGGCCUGGUCUGGUUGAAGGACAAAGAAGCUACUCACUGCAAAUUAUGUGAAAAAGAAUUUUCUCUUUCCAAGAGGAAGCAUCAUUGUAGAAACUGUGGUGAAAUUUUCUGCAAUGCCUGCUCUGACAACGAGUUGCCUUUGCCGUCUUCACCAAAGCCUGUUCGCGUCUGCGACUCCUGUCAUGCGCUACUCAUACAAAGGUGUUCUUCCAAUAUACCCUGAGUCUUCUGCAGAUGUUAUAAGACGUUCACUAGGAGGACGAGCGCUGUUGUGUUGGCUGCUUAUAUAUAUUACUGCAAUUCCGGCUUAAUGCCCUUAAUGUCAAAAUUGUGCCAUUGUUCUUGCAAUACCAGAAUCAGUCUCGUUUUGUACAGUGGCUCUGAGGCAAUGACUGAAAUGCAUCUGCUUUGCAGUUCUGCUUCUGCUGUUUUAUGUUGCAGAUGUGCUAUUCUAGUAUGUGGGGCAGGACUGACCUUGUAAUGAAAGCUUUAUGCUGAGAACAGGGAAGCCAAGGAACUGAAAUUGGAGCUGGAUAAUGUUACACGUCAACUGCACGAUUUGUGUAGUUUGGCGUCCUCCCUGAUACUUCCACUGAAAAACCAUUGUAGCUUACAGGUGGGCAAAGUUGAAUUAGGCAAAUUAUAAACAAAUAUAUACUUGUUUGGGGGGGCAGAACUCAAGUUUAUUUUCUUGGGUGUUUCUACACAACCCUUUCAAGUUGGCCUCUGAUUCCAGCUUCUGAGCAACAGUUUGUGCAGGUUUAUAUUGAAUCUAGUAGGUGGGAGUUGGAGGAUCUAGUUUAGCAAGAUGAUGGAAGGGUUUGCUUCUCAUGGAUGGACAGAUUUGUGUUCAGGGUCCAUCUAGAAUAGACAACUCAGGGCUGAAAGAUUUCCAUUCAGAGAUUCAGAUGGAGAAAGGUUAGGGAGAGAAAGAUAUCUUACAGUCUUAAACCUCUGGAAUCAAAAUCCAUGAUUAACUCCCCCAAUUGGUUAACAUGCAGCACUUACACUAGUUGCAAAAUAAUCCUUUAUAUAUCAAGGAAGGGUAACAAGCACACUUGAGGAUGUCUCUUUCCUAUACAGUGUUUGUCAGACAAGUGAUGCCACAUAAAAAGAUGGCCAGAGUAGUAACUUUAGAUGAAUUCUCCAUAUAUUGUACAAGAUUGGUUGGGGUAGACUUGCAAAAAGAAUGUAUCUUAAAAAUUGUCUUUAGCUAGCUGGACUUCUUAUAUAAAUAGAGCUUUUAUAUAUACGCACAAACUAUUUGCACUUUUUUUAAAAUGUAAACUUAAGUUAUUCAAAAUGAUCUAUAAGGAAUAAAAAUUACAAACUAGCAGAUUGCCAAAUGAAUUGUUAACAGAACAGGCCAGGAUAGUGUUGCUUUUAUUUGUCCUGUAGGAAAGUGAGAUUACUUAUUUAAGUCAUUUUUGGGGGGAAACCACUGUAUCUAAUUAACAAUUUUACUUGAAAAGUAGAGGAUGUAAUAAAAAGAAAUGGUAGUCUUGUACUGAUGGGUUAUUUUUAAUAAAUGUUUUUAAUGUGAAAGCAUUACCUAUUCAAAAGUUACAAUGCAUUUUUUUCCAUUGGAUUGAUCUAAAAAUCAACCACUCCUUUUUGAAUCUUCUUUUUGAUUCUGCUUCUACAACCGGGUGCCUUCCAGAUUUAUUAAAAAAGAUGGAAUUGCAAUAUAAGAUCAGUACAAGAUCCAUGAACGACAGAUAUAACUACUGAGGUCAAUAGAAUUUGCUGCAGUGAUGUGCUGUUCUGUAAUUUUAAUUAGCGUUCAGUAUUUAAGGGAUACGAACUAAAACAGAUUUGAGAUAGUACAAGAAAUUACUGGGGAACUCCUUGUCUAACAGCUGUUGGCAGUAGAGUCAGGCAACCACAUGAAUUGGUGAGUUCUCAUUUAUGAGAGGCUGGAUGCUUAGUACUGGUUGAGAAAUUCUGGGAGUUGAAGGUCAUGCGUCCCAGUUGCUGAGGCCAAGAAAAUUCUACUGGAUCAUUCAGUGAGCAGGACUCGUUUCCAACCUGAUAAUUCUGAAAUUCUUGUAUCAAAAUGUCAAAGUAAGCCUUAACCGUACAACCGAUUUUCAGUUACAAGCUCAUGAGUUAUUAAGUAACUUUAACACAUGAUCGAUAAAAGAUUCCCCCCCCCCCCAAAAAAUCCUGUAUCAGCUCUGAGAAGGUUGAAUUUUAUUGCUUAAUCAGCAGGGCAGAUUUAAUCCCUAAAUUGUGCUUUGGACAUGACACCUGUCACUAACAGUUCUUUAAGUAUAUUCUCUGAUGGGUUUGCAAGGAAGCUGCAAUCCUGAGAAAAGACACAUAUAUACUUAAUAAUUGCAAACAGGCUCUGAAAUAUUUGGGGAGCUAAAUCCCAAAAGAGCAAUUUUAUUGGCUAUGAAAUAAGCCCCCUUCAAUUUCAGGUGACAAAUUUGGUUCCAAACUCAAAACUAUCCAGCCUUUAGAGCAGUGGUUCUCAACCUUUCUAAUGCCGUGACCCCAUAAUACAGUUCCCCAUGUUGUGGUGACCCCCAAGUGGGUGUGGCCACCAAUAAGAGGGAGUAGGACAGCUAGGGAAAAGGGAAAAAAUGGCGGACAGCCUUGUUUGGCGACCCCCGUGAAAUGGUCGUUCGACCCCAAAUGGGGUCCCGACCCACAGGUUGAGAACCACUGCUUUAGAGAAACGUCAGCUUGGAAUCUUCAUCAAAUUUCAUGUGAUUAUCCAUUUCUUAUGUACACAUAUUUUCUAAGAACAAGCUAUUAAUUUCUGUGGUGGAAAUAUGCCAAGAUUUUAAAUUGACAUAUGUGUAUUUGGUAAUAUUUUGGAAGAUAUUUUUUUUAAAGAAAGCACAGCUUCAGAGUUGACUACUAUGGAUUCUCAAUUCAAUAUCUGAAAAUCCUUGAAUCCGAGAGUCCUUAAUGACAUCAAGCAAUGCAUUCCGGGUCUAGACUUAUGGAGGGGAGCAGAAUUUCUUACUGGUGUUUAACAUUAGCCUUUGGAACAGAGCGUUAUUUACACAACAUUCUCAACUCUCCUUCACAGAUAGUUUUAGGCUUUCUAGGCUUCAUGCCAAGUCAUCAAGGUGUCUGGAAAGGAGCCAUAGCAACCUUUUCUUCCCUUAAAGCAGGGGUCUGCAACCUUGACAACUUUAAGACUUGUGGACUUCAGCUCCCAGAAGUCUUAAAGUUGUCAAGGUUGCAGACCCCUGCCUUGAAGAAUUGCUUGGAGGGUGGCAUUCACUCACCAUCAACACAUACUAUUGUGCCAUACAUGACGCUCUGAAUGAAUAUCACUCUUUCUUGUAAUUUAUUCCAAUUGUAUCAUGGAACGUAUUAUACCGUCAGCUACUAAAUUUUUAGAAAUCUCAAAAGAAAGUAGUCACAAUUGGUCACAAUUGCUGAAGGAAACACUGGGGAACUAUAUAAUUAUAUCCAAUAAUUCUGAUACUGUUCCAGGUCAGAAAACGUGUUUUUGUAUUUUAGCAUUUUACUUUAUUAUGUGUUUGGUAUUUUACAUGAAAUUUUGGUCAAUGACCACCAAUAAAAUUUGAUUAAUUUAAAAUACAAGUGUUUGGAAAAACUAUUCAACUAUUUUCAGCUUGCCCUGGUGAAGCUAAAAAAAAAAAAAAA